AUGGAUUUGGAAAUUCUCAGUUGGAAUUGCAGAGGAAUCUGUAAUGCUACGACUACAAGGGCGUUGAAGGAUCUCAUCGCUCAGAAUCGCCCCCAAAUUAUCUUUCUUUGUGAGACAAAGAUAAGUAAUAUUCAAGACUUUCAAACUCUGAGUCGUGCCCUAGGGUUUCCUCACUCAAAGGAAUUUCUGAGUGAGGGCCAAUCUAGGGGUCUCGGAUUAUUUUGGAUUGAUGAGGUUGAUCUCCAUGUUCGUACAUCGUCAGCACAUCAUAUUGAUGCCGAGAUAAGGGGAGCUCCAGGAGAACCAAGGUGGCGUUUAACUGGUUUCUAUGGCUAUUCACGAACUAAUGAUCGGGAUCAUUCAUGGAAGCUACUGAGGGAGUUGAGUGAUCUUGAUUCGCUACCAUGGGUCAUUAUAGGGGAUUUCAACGAGAUUCUCAAUAGUGGAGAAAAGAUCAAUGGGCCAAUUAGAGCUGAGCGCCAAAUGAGGGGAUUUCGGGAUGCAUUAGGGUAUGGGGAUCUUCUGGACCUAGGGUUUCAAGGUACGAAAUCCACAUGGUGGAACUCAGAUACUCAGUUGCGCCUGGACAGAGCGGUCUGCACACCAACAUGGUUUGAAAUCUAUGGUUAUGCGAAGGUAACUCACCUCCCUCCAAGUGAUUCUGACCAUAUACCAAUCUUGUUACACGCUAGCACCAUUCCCGUUGCCAAACGUCCUAAGUACCAUAGGUUCAAGUUUGUAGCCUAUUGGUUACAACAUGCUGAUUGUGAUCCCUUAGUCCAUGAGGUGUGGCAAACUGAUGUAGUUGGUACUCCUAUGUACAAGGUUGCUAAGAAAAUCUCUCUUACAAGAGUUGCCCUAGAUAAAUGGCAGAAACGCACGUUUAGAGUGCGACAACAACAUAUGCUAGGUAUCCAGGCAAGGCUUGAAGAAUUAUUGGACAUGGGUAACGCUAACUUGAUACAGAAUGAGAAGAAAGGAUUGAUGGAUCAUUUGCAAUCCCUUCUAUCUCAGGAGGAAACGUUUUGGAAGCAGAGAUCCAAAGUCACAUGGUUGAAGGAGGGAGACAGGAAUACUAGCUUUUUCCAUCCUUCUGAACUUGACUUAGAAGCCAUGGAGACUACCUUACAGGCAAUUCGACCAUGUGUUACACGGGAGAUGAAUGAGCAUCUCUGUGAACAGUAUUCAUCGGCGGAAGUCCGCUGUGCUCUAUUCCAAAUGUAUCCCACCAAGUCCCUAGGAUCUGACGGAAUGCCACCUUUAUUUUUUCAGCACUAUUGGGAUACAAUAGGAGCUGAUAUCACAUAUGCGGUACACAGUUUUUUGCAUACUGGUCACAUGCUUAAGCAAAUCCAUUUUAUUCAUAUCUGCCUAAUUCCCAAAGUGUCUAAUCCAGAACAUAUGUCAGAUUUGAGACCAAUUGCGUUAUGCAAUGUGAUCUACAAGAUAUGCUCGAAUGUCAUUGCUAAUAGGUUGAAGGUCAUUCUGCCUUCAAUCAUAUCUCCUUUCCAAAGUGCUUUUGUUCCGGGUCGACUGAUCACUGAUAAUAUCCUUGUGGCAAAUGAAGUUACCCAUUUUGUUCAUAACAAAAGAGAUGGUAAUGAGGGUGUUAUGGCUUUGAAGCUUGAUUUAAGCAAGGCGUACGACAGAAUGGAGUGGACCUUUCUAAGGAAGGUUUUAGACAGAUUUGGAUUUGAACGGGUGUGGUGUGACAUGGUGAUGCAAUGUAUCAUGACAGUGAGGCUUUUCUGCAUUGCUACAAAGGAAACAAGAAGCAUGACUUUUAUCAGCAAGAAUGUAUCUGAUGAUAUGCAGGAGGAAAUUUUGAGUUUCUUGGGUGUGGCAGUGGUAGCCUCCCACAAAAGAUACUUGGGAUUUCCUACCUAUGUUGGUCGUAAGAAAACAGAAACUUUCCAGUAUAUAAAGGACAAUUUGGCCAAGAAGUUGAAGACCUGGCAAGGCACACUUUUAAGUGGAGCUGGGAAAGAGAUCUUGAUCAGAGUGGUUGCUCAAACACUUCCUACUUAUGCUAUGAAUAUGUUCCAACUCACAAAAAAAAUUUGUGAGGAUUUGGAGCAGAUGUGUGCUAGAUUUUGGUGGGGAAGUACGUUGGAUAAACGCAAAAUUCACUGGAAGUCAUGGGAUUUCUUAUGUAAUUCAAAGGAGGAAGGUGGGUCAGGGUUCCGGAGUCUAUCAGAGUUUAAUAAUGCUAUGCUUGCAAAGCAAGCUUGGAGAGUGAGUGAUCCUUGGAUUCUUGGGGUUCCUGCUUUUAAACCUAGUUCAGUUACUGUGAUGGUGGAUGAUAACUUGAAGGUUAAUCAUUUUAUAUCAGCUCCUGGUGUUUGGAAUGAAACCGCGGUGCGGAUUUAUUUUGAUAAUGGUGACGCUGAUGCAAUCCUGGCUAUACCUCUAAGUACUCGUCAUUUGUCUGAUAGGCUGGCUUGGAGAUUGGAAGGUAAUGGUAAGUUCACAGUAAAAACUGCUUACCGGUUUGCUUAUAGCAGCUCUCCUUCUAGUGUUCCAAUUACAAGUAAUUUGGGACCGGUGUUCUGGAAAAAGCUUUGGAAGGCUUUGAUUCCAAGUUCUGCUAAGUUACAUAUUUGGAAGAUCUGUCAUAAUAUAGUACCAUCUCUGGAAUGUUUGACCUCCAAGAGAGUGGAACUGGACUCUUUGAUGUGUGUUCUUUGUGAUGAAGAAUUGGAGACUACUGUGCAUCUCUGUCGGGAUUGCUCUUUUACUCGACAAGUACUGCAGCCUAAUGCAAUGUUCAAUCAGCUGGUUGAGGUUCUGCAUGGAAAAUUUAGCCACUUCAAGGUUGGAAGAAUUGUUUUACUUGCUUUGGGGAAGGGUGGAAUCGGAUUUGUUGUUUGUGAUUCUGAAAGGAGGAUGUUGGCAGGAGGAGGACGUCUGGUUGCCAAUUUGAUUUCUCCAGAACAUGCUGAAGUCCUAGCAUAUAAGUUGGCUCUUAACUACAUCGAGGAAAAUUCUUGCUUUCCUGCCAUUGUGGAAACUGAUGCACUGAUGGUUCAACGUCAACUUACUACUGCUGUAGAACCAAAUGCUUCUGCUCUUGGCAGAUUGUAUGAUGAUCUGGUUGAGUUUAUUGAAGGCAGGGCUCUGAAGGUUGUCCAUGUUAAGAGAAGUGCUAACAAUGUUGCGCACUUGAUAGCAAAUCAUGCUGCCAGUUCUAGUCAGGAAUCUUUGUUUUUUUCUGCUCCUCCUUUUUUAUCUGCUGCUGUUGCAGCUGAGUUGAGUAGUGUGUCAUUUCUCCUUUUAUAA